CAUGACAUUCAGAAUCCCUGGUUCUGUUAUUGCAAAAUGUCAUUGUAAAGUGAUAAGUUUAAAUUGAUCAGUUAUAUUCAAAAAGUAUGUCUGUGAUAUGCACACAGGCUCUGAUCUUAGUAUUUGUCUCUUGUCUCAGUCCAAUGGGUUGUUAUGGUCCCCAGGAUACAACUGCUGAAACAUGAAUGUCUCAAGCAACACCUAGUUCCUAUCACCCUAAACCCUGAAACAGCACAUUAUUCUCUAAAUGUGAAAGACAAACACUUACAAAAGAGAAGGAAGAACAGACAUUAAAAGGUCAUGCUGUCCUGGGAAAUCUGCAAAUAACAGGGACAUCUUACUUUGUUGUGGAUGUGGAACAAUCAUGGAUUGUACGAGUGGUCAAGAUGUCCAUCAACAAGGAAAAGAAAGUAAGGUUUGGAUCUAAAGAUGGUGCCUGGACUCUGAGGUGUGUGGAGGGUGAAGUAAGAGUUUAUGAUGGGACUUGUGUUUCUCUCUUCCGCAAUGACAAAGAGAAUGAGUUGAGGGUUGGGGUAGUUCAAAUCCCCGAGCUGACAAGGUACAAAUCUGUCGUUCUGCCUGAACAGGCACUGUUCCUAGGCCGUCAUUGAAAAUAAGAAUUUGUUCUUAACUGACUUGCCUAGUUAAAUAAAGGUAAAAUAAAAUAAAAUACAUUUGUAGAUUAUGAGAAGAAUAUAGUCUCCUUUACAACAUGACCAACAGCAAUAAUACUCAGAUCUACUCUUAUGUAGAAUGCAACUUCAGAGAUGAACCCCUUCAUCCAAUCUUUAGUGCAAGCUCAACCCUCAGGAUCAUUCAUCAUUAAGGUGCUAAUGUUCAGAGUGGAGAACGUCAAGAGGUUCAGAGUGGAGAACGUCAAGAGGUUCAGAGUGGAGAACGUCAAGAGGUUCAGAGUGGAGAAUGUCAAGAGGUUCAGAGUGGAGAAUGUCAAGAGGUUCAGAGUGGAGAAUGUCAAGAGGUUCAGAGUGGAGAAUGUCAAGAGGUUCAGAGUGGAGAACGUCAAGAGGUUCAGAGUGGAGAAUGUCAAGAGGUUCAGAGUGGAGAAUGUCAAGAGGUUCAGAGUGGAGAAUGUCAAGAGGUUCAGAGUGGAGAAUGUCAAGAGGUUCAGAGUGGAGAAUGUCAAGAGGUUCAGAGUGGAGAAUGUCAAGAGGUUCAUAGACCAAGAAGUGACUCAAUAUGACAGAUGAUAGCAAUGUUAUCAACCUAGUGUUUCCACCAAUCCAACCAGAUUAGAUCACUUUAAGAAAGAGAGAGGAAAGAAGAAUUCAAAGUAGUUCAAACAGGACCCAGGUGUGAAUCAAUCCCUGUCUGACUGGAAGGGAAAGAUGGAAACCAGCAGUACCUAGAGGGACAUAUUUAAGUAUCCCUGGUCUAAUGCAUUGGCCAAUGAUAUGAUCAUUAUUGAUUGUAUUGGUGGUCACAGAGCUCUGCUGUGAAUCUCUGAAAUCUUAUUUCUGUUAGUAAUUGACAUUUGGUCAAUUGUUAGGGUGCUUUGCCUUUUGAAGUGGUUGUCCAGGCCCUUCUAUGUAUCCACUUCAUCUGUUCCUUUGUUAACUUUUUAUACCUGUUUUGUAAAGGACCGUUGUAAUGCAAGGGCACAUUUCUGCCAAAUCAGACUAUAAAGUAUCUUCAAAGCCCCUAACUAGACCAUCAUAUCUUUACAGUAAGCUAUGUGCUAAAAUGCAUGGGAAUGAUGUUAGAUGUGCUAAAUUUCCCUGUAAAAUAUGCCAAAUAUGUGUAUAUUAUAUCAUAAUAAAAUAUAAUUGUAUUCA